AUGGUAGUUGCUGCGACCACUGCUUCUUCAAUCCUUGAAUCCCAAGCGAGAGUUCUGCUCCACUGGAAAUCCACCCUUCAAAAUUCACAUGCCCAACAACUCAGUUCUUGGUCUCUCUCCAACAACACCUGCAUGUGGUAUGGUAUCACCUGCACGGAGAUUAAUGGAGGCCCCGCUGUGAUCACUGGCAUCAGCCUACCUCGUGCGGGCUUGGUAGGUAAGCUCGAUAGCCUCAACUUCUCUGCCCUCCCAUCUCUCACUCGCCUCCAUCUCCGACGCAACUAUUUGUUUGGAACAAUCCCGCCUCGCAUAAGCACGCUUUCCGCUCUCACCUCCCUCGAUCUCUCCCAUAAUCACCUUUCCAACAAUCUGUCCAUCACUUUUGGCAGCCUCUCCAACCUGACUGAGAUCGAUCUCUCCUCGAACAAAUUCACAGGCGCACUACCUCUAGAGAUUGGUCAGCUCAAGAGUCUACGCGCGCUUCGUUUAUUCGAAAACUAUCUCACUGGACCUAUCCCUCCAACCCUGGGUACCCUGACCAGCCUAAGGUUGCUUUACCUUUAUAGAAACCAAUUCUCUGGUAAUAUUCCCCAUGAGCUAGGCAGUCUAGUUAACCUCUUGGAUCUAAAAAUCUCUUUCAAUAAUUUAAUAGGUUCCAUCCCUUCCAGUUUAGGAAAUCUCAUCAAACUCAAGUCUUUGAUCCUUGGCGUAAAUAAUUUAUCCGGCACCAUCCCUCGUGAAUUAGGCAACCUAGUGAACUUAAGUGAACUAGAUAUCGGAGAAAAUCAACUAUCGGGCACCAUUCUUUUGACCCUUCGUAACUUGACCAACCUAAGCCUCCUUUACCUUCACAGAAAUCAAUUCUCUGGCAAUAUCCCCCAUGAACUAGGCAAUCUAGUUAACCUCUUGAAUCUAGCAAUCUCAUAUAAUAAUUUAACUGGUUCCAUUCCUUCUAAUUUAGGCAAUCUCACCAAAUUGAAGGCCUUGUAUCUCGGCAAAAAUAAUUUAUCUGGCACCAUCCCUCGUGAAUUAGAUAACCUAGUGAACUUAACUGAUCUAGAUAUCGCAGAAAAUCAACUAUCAGACUCCAUUCCUUCUACUUUAGGAAACCUCACUAUGCUUAAAACAUUAUUCCUCUUCGUCAAUCAUUUAUCUGGCACUAUCCCUCAUGAAUUGGGCAACCUAAUGAACCUAAGUGAUCUAGACAUUUCAGAAAAUCAACUAUCAGGCUCCAUCCCUUCCACUUUAGGAAACCUCACCACAUUAACUAAAUUACUUGCUUUUAACAAUCAACUGUCUGGCUCCUUGCCCAAAGAACUAGGUAAUCACACCAAUUUGGUUUUACUAGACAUGUCGAACAAUAGUUUUUUUGGUUACUUACCAUCAGAGAUCUGUAAAGGAGGUGCACUGCGACGUCUUCUGUUGCAAAACAACUACUUUGAGGAGUUCGCCUUGAAGGAAACAAGCUUAGUGAAAAUAUCUCUGAAGCCUUUGGGAUAUACCCAAAUCUAG